UUUUCCCUUUCCCUUAAAGAAGAAAAAGUUGCUCUUCCUCCCCGGGGUUCUUCUCUCUCUCUCUCCCGCUACACGGUUGUGGCUUACCCACCCACUUUUUUUCUCCCUUGUUCCCCAAGCCCUUGAUGCUACCGAGGCGUCGUCUCUGAACUCAGAGACGGGACGAGUUGCUACUAGGUAGGUAUAUAUAACCAGCGCUACGACGAUGGCGCCUCGCCUACGAGUCUUGCUCCUCAUACUCGCGUGCAUCUCCUUGGCAAUCGCCGCCUCCUCUCAAAACCUCACGACGUACGUCCCCGAAUGCGCCCAGCCGUGCGUCCUAACCUCCAUCGCGCAAAACUCCAACUGCACCGGGCCCAGCGACGUCCGGUGCCUGUGCAGCAACAUCCGGUCCAUAGGCCCGGGUGCGGUGUCCUGCGCCCAGGGCGCGUGCGCGGGCAAUUCCACGGAGCAGAUCAGGAGUGAGCUACACUCGGGCUUCCUGCAGUUCUGCAGCGACAACGGGGCGCCAGCCGGCGGCGACUUUUCGGGGUUCCCGCCGUUUUGGUCUACGCCGGGGGGCGGUAGUAGGCCAUCGUCAUCACCACCACCGACCGCGUCGGCAACAACAACACCAAGCGCGACUUCGACUUUACCAGUAGCCGCCACCGACCAGCAGCAGCAGCAGCAGCAGCAGUCUCCGGACUCGGGCGGAGGCGGCCUAAGCGGCGGGGCUAUAGCAGGGCUAUCAGUAGGCGGAGUCAUCGCGUGCAUCGCGCUCACGGGGGGGUUAGUCCUGUACGCCUUCCGCCUCGGAAGGAGACACUCGAAGCUUCGAUCCGGCGGCGAGCUUGGGGACCAUCCCAAUCCACCACAAGAAGGAGGCGCAGGAGGAGGAGGCGAUAAAGACGAUAAAGGCGACCACCCCUCCGACGGCAUCGGCAUCGGCGUCGCGCUAGGAACCGAGCACAAAGUCCAGCUGGAAGGCGCGCCGGUAAGCGAGCUGCCGACGGAGUACACGUUAUCCGGGUUCGAUCCCGUGAAGGAGCUAGCGACCCACGAGAAGCCGGUCGAGCUCAGCGCCGAUCCCGUCGCGCGUCGGCCGGAGGAGGGGAGCCGGGUGUUGCCCACGACUUGGAGAUUAUGAUGCUUAAUGGCUAUCACUGAUAUAUACCUUAGGCACCUAGGUACCUAUAUAACGACCUUGUUUGGAUCUAGACGGUUCGGCCAUGGAUAAAAAUAUACGACGGGAAAUGGAAAGAAAAAGAAAAGACGUUGGAUAGGUAAUAAAUACCCCGUGCCUAGUAGCAUACGCUUAGGAGGUACCUUAUAUUACGAAAUCGGUAUAUAAGGAUUCAAUGCCAUAAAUAAU